ACACAUAUUCUGAAUGGUGUAGUCACUGCUUGUUGAUCAGCCUUUCCCAAGGAAAGAACAUGAGGAGGCGGGUGUGACAGCCAGCUUGUCAGAGUAAGUCUAUGGGAACAUAAUAGUGGCUCCUCAAGGGUCUGCCCAACUCUCUUUGCUUACAGGAACCAGCCUGGCUGUCACUGUUUUGCCAUGAUCAUAGUGACACUGUUUGAGCAACACAGACAUCUGUUUUCCACUUAUCAGGCUACCAAAUUGAAUAUAUUUUUGAUUAAAAAACAUGGCCAUGUUCCAUACAAAGCACAAAUACCUAUGGAUUUACGUUUUGAACUAUGAGUAAAACAAAAGCAAAAUAACAAUGGAGACUCCACAUGAUGCGAGUCUGGAAGAACAUCAGACAGCUUUGGGCAGCGUGACCUUUUCUGCACAAGAAUUAUCUACAGAAGAUGAGGAUGCUUCAGAAAGAAAAGGUCAAAGGGGAGAUGAUCUUUUCCCUUCAGACCAAAGACCACAGUUGGAACUUGAUGGGGAUAUACGUGAUCGAAAGAAAAGUUUUACCCUUGUCUGUUACAACACUAUGGCCCUCAGAGAAACGAUGUGUUUUCAAGAACCCAAACAGGAUGCAGCUCCUGGAACAUCUCAGCUUCUUGUGGAAAAUUAUCCCUCCAUAUCAUAUGCUUCAAAUGAAGACUGUUGCCUUCCACCUUCUGCUCAUGCAGCAGAAGUUCAGUUAAACCAGUUUGUUCAAAAACAACCUGAUUAUUCUCUGAAUCUUUAUUCUACAUCUGCACAAAGAGGUUUGAAGGCGCUGGAGCCAAUUUCAAAUGGUUCCAUCAUCAGUCAGGCCUGUACAUCCACUCUGAAGAUCACUGCUAACCUGCUUCCUAAAAUCUCCGACUUACUGCAUGUCGUGAAGCAAAGACCAAGCACCAUCACCUUCUCCACCAGCACCGGCUCUGCUUGCAUCAACAGCCAAGCUUCUGUCUACGACAGCUCUGAUAGAGAAGAAUCAUCAGAGGAGGAGAAAGAGAAGUUUAACUUUAAACUGGAGGAUGUGGGGACGGGAAAUGAUGAUGUGUUCCUGGAGUGGUCUCAUAGUAAAGAUCGCCAUAUGACUAAAAGGAAACUGAAGAAACGAGGCUGUAUGGAGCCACAAGCAGACUGUGUGUUCACACCCAGCACAUGUGGUUAUGAGGCUGAGGAGGAAAUAAGCAGCAAGGAGGAGUCUCCACAGGUCACGUCUCCAUGGUCUGAGUCAAUGAGCCAGAUCAUGAGUAAACUGGACCAGCUUAAUCAAGACAUAGAGGAAGCUCUGAGUGCAAGUUCAUCACCCUCUGACACGCCUUGCAUUACGCGCAAGAAGCAGUGGGGUGCUGCUUCAAAGUCCUCGACGAACCAAACCCAAAAUGACACAGUUCUCCAAACAGCAGACAGAAGGGAAUGUUGGAGCCAAGACACAUCUUCUGCUUCAUGCAGCUCCUCAACAGGGACAAAAGCAAGAAACAAGAAGAUGAUGUUUCAUAAGAUGACCAAAGCAGCUGGUGCAGAAAUUGAGGCAAAAGAGGCGUGUGACUGGCUGCGGGCAGCAGGAUUUCCCCAGUAUGCUCAGCUCUUUGAAGAUUCACAGUUUCCAAUUGACAUCACGCCUGUGAAAAGAGAUCAUGACUUUCUGGACAAAGAUCUGGUGGAAACUCUGUGCAAGCGGCUUAACACACUCAACAAGUGUGCCUCUAUGAAGCUUGAUGUGAAUCUUCCAAAGAAGAAGAGUGAAGACUCAGAUGAAGAAGACCUCUUCGCCAUCAGUGACAAAUGGACCUUUGAGUGGAGCAGCAAACGUUGGUCCAGAUUACAGGAUAUCGACUGUCUGCUUAGAACGCACGAAAGAGGCCAAACAUCUAAAGACGGCUUGCCUCUCCACAGUACGACCAGCAGGGAGAGUGUUCUGACGGAUCUCAGUGAGCCCGAGGUCUCAUCAUUGCACAGUGAAAGCAGCGGUGGCAGUGGUCGAAGGGGCCUUAGCACGGAAGACUCUGACUGCUCUAAUCGCACCUGCUCCGAUUCUGCAACGAUGCCAGACUCUACAUCUCUCACAAUGCCUCACAUCCCCAAAGAAUUUUCCCACUAUCACUCUAUCCCUGACAAGCAAGGCAAGUUUAGCAGCACCCGUGCCAAAGACUUCCUGAAGCGCAUGGAAACCCUUAGAUCUAAAGGAACGUCAGUGAGGGAUCGGAAAACUUUGAUCAUUAGCUCUCCUGUCAUGCAGCAGGAGGCUCAGGCACUGAAGACGCUGCGUUGUGUCGAGAUCAUAAAUGGUGAUGCUGGAGCUCCAGAACUUCCGUCAGGCAGAAUACUGUCACCACAGUCCGGCAGUGAGGGUAGCAGUCAUUCCAGUGGCAGCACUGUCAGCACACCAAGUCUGAAAGAACGAAAGCCUCACCGUGCUGACCACAAGCGCAGUGGGAUGUAUCUAGAGGACUUAGACAUUUUCUCAGGCAACCAAAUGAGCAAAGUCGCAGAACACAACCACAGAAAUGAAUUCUGCUCCUAUGAAGAUCUAGUAGUCCACAUUCCCAAAGACCAUAAGCCAGGAACCUUUCCCAAAGCGCUAUCCAUAGAAAGUCUGUCCCCAACCAAUGGAGCCAUCAACUGGCAUACAGGAAGCAUGCACCUGGACUCCACACUAAUUUCAUGCAGAAAGGAAUCCAGACCUGUUACACAAUGCUGCUCCAGAGGAAGCCGAAUCAGUGUCUAUGAUAAUGUUCCUGGGUCACACUUGUACGCCAGUACUGGAGACUUAAUAGACUUGGAGAAAGAAGACCUUUUCCCUCACCUGGAUGAUAUACUGCUACAUGUAAAUGGUCUGCAGCAGAUAGUGGACCACUGGUCAAAAAAUGUCCUACCUGGAGGAGAGGGGGUGAUGCAGGUGGAUAGGGAAAAAGAAGAUACGGUACGGCUGCAGUCCUCUAGUCAGAUCACUUUAGAUUUUGAGGAAAACUCUGUCACCGAAAGCCAGACUAGUCCUGGUGAUGGAGACAGAGACAAAGUAUCAUUAGCUGAGACCGAAUGUACCAGAUUCAGGGAACGGAGAGACUCUGGAGUUGGUGCUUCACUCACCAGACCUAACAGGUUACGAUGGCCCAGCUUCCAGAUAUCCAAUCGUCUCAGUCACUCAAUGGCAUCCCUGCAAAUUACAAACCAGUCAGCAGGCCAGCUGAGUUUGUUACAGAAGUUUUCUCUCUUGCGUCUUACAGCAAUCAUGGAAAAAUAUUCCAUGUCUAACAAGCAUGGGUGGACUUGGUCUGUACCAAAAUUUAUGAAGAGAAUGAAGGUACCAGACUAUAAGGACAAGAAUGUGUUCGGAGUGCCACUCAUAGUGAAUGUGCAGCGCUCCGGUCAGCCCCUGCCGCUUGGCCUCCAGCAGGCUUUGAGAUACCUGAGAAGUCAGUGUCUUGACCAGGUGGGUCUGUUUCGAAAGUCUGGGGUGAAGUCCCGAAUUCAUGCUUUAAGGCAGAUGAAUGAAAGCUCUCCAGAUAAUGUGAAUUAUGAAGAUCAGUCCGCCUAUGAUGUGGCUGACAUGGUGAAGCAAUUUUUCAGGGAUCUACCUGAACCUCUGCUCACCAGCAAGCUAGGGGAGACAUUCCUCCACAUUUACCAGUAUGUGCCAAAGGAUCAAAGGUUACAAGCUGUCCAAGCAGCCAUAAUGUUGAUGCCGGAUGAAAACCGAGAGGUGCUGCAGACGCUCCUCUGUUUUCUGAGUGAUGUCACUUCUUCCGUGGAGGAAAAUCAGAUGACACCCAUGAACAUUGCAGUGUGCCUAGCCCCUUCUCUGUUUCACCUCAAUAUAAUGAGGAAGGACAAUCUAUCACCAAAGGCCAUGCAGAAAAAGUAUGCCACAGGCAGGCCGGACCAGAAGGAUCUGAAUGAAAACUUAGCUGCGACUCAGGGCCUUGCUCAUAUGAUCAUGGAGUGCAAUCAUCUCUUUGAGAUCCCUCAUGAGAUGGUUACUCAGUCACGCAAUUCUUACGUGGAGGCCGAAUUACAUGCACCGACAAUCGAUGAGCUGUGCAGACAGCUGGAGGAGGAGGAUGGAACAUAUCAAACACAUUUGGAAGGGAGACUACAAAUUUUCCUUAAAGAGGCCAGAGAAAAGUCCAAAUAUUGGGUGUCAUGCAGCAGUCCAGAUAACACAGAGCUGUACUACAAAAAGGUGGGGGAUGGAAAUCCUUUAAGACGUUGGCGAGUAUCUGUAGAAGUGGAAGCGCCACCAUCUGUUGUGUUAAACCGCGUACUGCGGGAGCGCCACCUGUGGGACAUGGACUUGCUUCAGUGGAAAGUGUGUGAGACACUGGAUAAACAAACUGAGGUGUUUCAAUAUGUCCUCAGCCGCAUGCCUCCUCAUCCCAGUAGGGACUUUGUAGUUCUCAGGUCUUGGAGGACAGACUUGCCCAAGGGUGCUUGCUCAUUGGUUUCUGUAUCAAUAGAGCAUGAGGACUCCUCUGCUACAGAAGGAGUUCGAGCUAUGAUCCUGGAGUCAAACUACCUACUGGAACCGUGUGGCUCUGGAAAGUCAAGACUAACUCACAUCUGCAGAGUUGACUUAAAGGGAAGGACUCCAGAUUGGUACAACAAAGCAUUUGGUCAUCUUUGCACUGCAGAAGUUGCCCGGAUCCGCAACUCCUUUCAGCCGCUGAUCACAGAUGGACCAGAAACCAAAAUCUGAAACUGUUAUGUCUGUUAAGCUUUGAGAUCAGGACUGAGCUGUUGAGUCAUUGCUAAACGGCUCACAUGAAUUGCACAGACAGUGACCCUGAACAAAAGCACAGUUUGUUUUUGUGAAAGAGCUCUGAAAACAGUUUCAUGCCUUUCAACUUGCACAUGGGCAAAGGAGGAUAUUUUUAGGUGCUGAGCAUAAUUCAUUUGGGAAAUUAAUUAAAUUGCCAAUUUCCUUCACUUUAUAAUUUUAUUUAGCUUCUGUUGUGAAUUAUUUUUUUCAAAUAUAUAUAUAUAUGUAUUGAUAUUAUUUACAAUGUCCAGGACAUUCAAGCUCUUAAAUGCUUCUGAGAAGCAUUAGUUAAUCAGUACAGAUUUAAAUAAUAUAAUUAUGUAAACCCAAGUGUUUGUAUAUUUGUGAGUGAAUAUUUUGUAAUUAAGAACAAAUUGUACAUUGUGUACAUAUGAGAGCAGGUAAAUAGUACAUAUGUUAAUUUCAUAUAUUGAUUCUUACAUGGUCAGACUUCUUUUAAUACACAUGGUACAAGAUUGUAAGCUGGUUUUACUUUGGUCAUGUAAUGACAUUUUUAAAUAUGUGUAAUUUUAUGUAACUUUGACCUCCAAUAGUUGUGGAAAAAAAUGACUGAAGGUUUGACUUGAUCAUACCUGCUUUAUGGUACUGGCUCAUACAGUCAGGUACAAGACACAGUCUUGUGUUUGUUUUUGUUUGUUUGUUUGUUUGUUAUUUUUUAAAAUAAAAAUAUCUUUAUUAUAAGA